AUGGACGUGCCACAGUCCCAUGCUCCGCGUUGCGCUUGCGGGUGUACGCCCUCGAUGCCUUCACUCUUUGAGAUGGCUGCAAUGAGAGCUGAGAGGCGACGGCAACGACAGCGUGGCGAUGCGAACGGCUAUCCUGGGGAAGCGCGGGAAGACGCAAGCGGUGCCACAGAGGCUCUGCAAAAGCUGGAGCUGCUUCAAAAGGAACGCCAGCAUUUGAAGCACGACUUGCAUCAGCAGCGCUUGUUGCGUGCGGCCAUGUUGGUGGCAGGGCCCAGCCAUGAGACGGCAAUGGAGCCUCCGUACCGUGUGCUGGAAGCCUCACACUUGGCGGCCAGCCCCUUGCUCGAGAGCGUCAACUGGCUGCUGGACGCUGCGCACCACCAGCAUUCGGCUUUCAGCAAUGUCCUGGAACAGCUUCAAGAGUUGCAGGCCUUCAAAGAGGUCACUGAUGCGACCUUGAAAUCCAUAAAGGAAGACAUGACAGGAGUUGCCUCACAGGCCCCUGCUGAGGGCCUCGCCAGUGAAAUCGCCGCCUGCUACACCAAAGAUGUGGUUGAAAGGGCUCAGGAGGCAAGUAAAAUCGCCACGCUUUUCCCGAGCCUCCAAGUCCUCCAAGUCCUCCGUGAAGCCAGGAUCGCGCCGUCCAAAAAAGCCAUGGAGCUGGAAGACUUGCUGAAGGGCCUGAACCCGGAGGCCCUCGCAGGUUCCAGCGAAGAUCCGCUGGUGACGCACAUCUUCAAGCAAAAGGAAGCCGCAAAGCAACGGACGGAGGCCUCCCAUCUUCGCUGGGCGCAAUGCACCGACCAUAAGAGUUGGUUGGCCGAAAAGACCUGGCGAAAACAGGUGAGAAAGAAGAAGGAGGAGGAAAUUCAGCGAAAGUUGAAGGAAGCCGCCAUUGCAGAAGAGCUGCGCAAGCAGGAGGAGGAACGGCAACGACGCGCGCAGAUGCCGCAGUUGACGCCAGCAGAAGAAGCAGCUGCCCAGGCAAAAGCCGCGCAUGAUGCGGCGCAACGAGAGGCCAAGGGACGAUGGUUGGAGAAUGUGUGGCAGCCGAUGUUGCAACAGCGGCAGGUGGAGGUCAGAGCCUCCAGGCUAGAGGCUGAGGAGCGGCUGAGACAGGAGAAGGAAGCCGUGCUGAAGAGGCAGCGUUACGAGCAAGAUGGGAUGGCCUUGGAGGACGCCUUGGAACAGCAGCGCCUGCGUUUUCUGUCCUCCGAGUGUCAGCGCCUCAAGGAGCGGCAAGAGACGCCGCGCGUGCAAAACGCCACGGAGCGGAAGAUCGAAAUCGUUAUGGAAAUGCGAGGGCUAGAGAUCCGCUGGAAGCAAAACUUAGAGAAGCGUCGCAAAGAGGAGGAAGAAGCGAGACUUGCCUUGCUUGAAGAGCGGAAGGAGCGUGACUAUCGGGAGUGGCGUGCGAUGGUCCAAGACGAACGCUUGCGGAGACAGCGGCUCAUGGACCGCGAGGAUCAACGAGACAAGGAAGUCUUGGAAUGGAAAUCCUUAGAGCUCCUGGGGCGCGAUGUCCUCAGAGAGGAAGAAUUGAAAAAGAAGGCCGUGGUGGAAGCAGCUUUCGAGAAGUCCAGUUGGCAGCGGAAGCACCUGGAGGAGCAGGGCAUCGCACCGCAGCGCGUCUUGGAAGAGGCCCGGCACCUGGCGGAGAAGCAGCGGAAGGUUAAGGAGGAGGUUGGCCCCAAGCAAGCGGAACAAGAGCUUUGGGACGCCCUGAUGGCGAAGAAUCGCCUGGCGCGCGCCCAGCGAUCGUCGUCCACGUCGUCGACGCCGCGUACAGCAACUGAGUCAUGCAGUGCUGGCCGUUUCACGUCACUGGCGCCCGGCUUCAGCAAAGCUGAAGCGGGGAGCGUCCCGAGGAAGACGUUUCUGCGGUCACAUGUCGGCAGGGAAUGCAAACACGGGAAUGAGAUUCCGAAGGUGGUUCAUGAGGAGUUGAACCGCAUGGAAAGUGAGCUGAAAGAGCAAAUCCGUGAGCUCCAGGAGGCCCUGCGUACUGCGCCACCUGCCGCGGAAAGCGUGGAGGUUGGGGAGGUCAAGACCCAGGAGACCCAUCAGGAGGAUGCGAGAUUGAUGGCGUUGGAGGUACAGAUCUCUGAGCUCAAAGACAAGCUGGACUCUGUCCUCCCCAGCUCAACGACAGAGCUGGCCCCCAGCGCACCAGCCGACGUCACACCUACGGUGCCUGACACAGAUGCCAGCCUGCAGGCAGGCUCCAACGAGGCCUUGCCGGAAACGACAGAGGUGAAUGGCCCAGUUGUGGUGGUCAACCCCCCUGCGCUGGUGGUGAACCCCCCUGCGGCGGUGGUGAACCCUCCGGCAGCUACCGCAGCCGGCCCUGCCGGCGCGGCCGCAGCGCCGCCGGAAACAGUGGAGCUGGUGGGAAGGGUGAAAGUGUUGGAGGGAAAGGUGCACAGCUUGACGGAAGCACUGGAGGUACUUCGUGAAAGCCUGGACUUCCCCGAAGACUUGGCCCCAGCGGUCGCGGAGGGCACUGGCGCCGAGGCGACGCCGGAGACGGCGAACCCCACGCAGCCUGGCGACGGACCGGACGGGACAGCGGUGGCGGUGCAGAUGCCGGCACCAGGGUCCAAGAGCGAGGUGCCUAGCUCCGGUCGUGGCUCCCGACCUGGUUCCAGGGAGAAUUGGAAGACUUUGGCUUCCAGCCUGGAAUCCCUAGACCUUCGCGUCACUGCCCUGGAGCAGUGGCGUGCCGCCGCCGACCCCCACGACGCCACGGGGGGCCCCGCUGUGACCGUCUCGGAGGCACCGGCGGAGGAUGCGCCGGCGGACAAUGCGCCGGUGGAGGAUGCGCCGGCGGAGGAUGCGCCGGUGGAGCCGCAGCAAACGGCACCCGAAGAGCGUCGUCCCAGCGCCAACGAACCGAAGGUGCCGCCCCUGCGCCUGCCCGGUCUGCCCAAGCCAGUGGGGCCAGGGCCAGCGAUGCGCCUGGCGCAGUGUGUGGAAGGAAGCGACGACUUGGAAGAAAGGCAGGUUGAGCUUGCGCCAGGCCGGUUCGUCCUUCCAAGCGGUCAUGCACGAACACAGCCCGCAAGGGCUUUUCCGGCGCAGACCGUUAAAACUGGUUGGACUUUGUUGAGCACAGGGAGCAUCGUAGUGCUGGUUCUCCAAGCUCUCAUUCAAAGGUUCCUUCCUGGCUUCUUCAUGAACAGGGCAGUGAGGAAGGCUGGGCAAAGGCUGAAAAGGAAAGAGCCCGCCCCUGCACGGCCGCUCGAGGAGGAAUACAUCAAGGACUUCAUCAAUUCACCUCAAGGUAAAGCUUUGAGCACCCCUUCCUUCUUGGUGGUCAGUGGUUCCCAAGGCAUUGGGAAAUCAACCAUGCUGAACAAUCUCCUGAGUGAGCAUGUGAAGAAUGGCAAAAGGGUGCUUCCUCUUGAUAUUUCUGUUCGUCCUGGUGAGGACUUGAAGCUGAACGAGGAGGUGGCGAAGCAGGGAAACGACUUCCGGACGCUGAACAAGGUUCUUGCCGAAGAUGACAUGGACGAGGUGUUGAAGCACUACUACAUCCGCGUGGGGGGCAACUUGCGCGCCUUGGGCGAGAUACUGGAAAACGUAUCCAGAGAAGGUCAGAAAGGUGCGGAUGCGGUCAUCAAGCGGGUUGAGCAGCGGUACAAGGAGAGGGUGGAACCAAUUGAAAGGAAAUUGGAUGACCAGGAAGUGAAGGACUAUCUCCUCCAGGUGGCAGGGGCAGGACCCAUGGGGUAUCUCCCAGAGAGCGACGAAGACACCAAAAUGAAGUUGAAGCUUCUUCGUGAGGAGCCAGCAGACUGCGUCCUGAGAAGAACGCAGUCUGCUGGCUCCUCACGAAGCUCUGGCUUUGAAGCACUGGCAUUUCGUCGCCAAGCUCUUUCAAGAGGAUGA